GCUUUCCGUGUUCUUCCGCUCGGGCGGUUGUCGGGCGGGGUUCCGGGAACAUUCAGCGGUGCUCCCCAGUCCCUCGGCCCUUGGAAGUGCGAUGAGGUCGGUUAGUUACGUGCAGCGCGUGGCCCUGGAGUUUAGCGGGAGCCUCUUCCCGCACGCAAUUUGCCUAGGAGACGCUGACAAUGAUACGUUAAAUGAAUUGGUGGUAGGAGACACCAGCGGAAAGCUGUCUGUGUAUAAGAAUGAUGACAGCCGGCCCUGGCUCACCUGUUCCUGCCAGGGAAUGCUGACCUGUGUUGGGGUUGGAGAUGUAUGUAAUAAAGGCAAGAACCUGGUGGUGGCAGUGACUGCUGAAGGCUGGUUUCACCUGUUUGACCUGACACCUGCGAAGACCCUGGAUGCUUCUGGGCACCACGAGAGCCUGACAGGAGAGGAGCAGCGUCCUGUCUUCAAGCAGCACAUCCCUGCCAACACAAAGGUCAUGCUGAUCAGCGACAUCGACGGAGAUGGGUGUCACGAACUAGUGGUAGGUCACACAGACCGCGUGGUACGGGCUUUCCGCUGGGAAGAUCUGGGCGAGGGCACCGAUCACCCAACGGGGCAGCUGGUGUCACUCAAGAAAUGGACACUGGAGGGUCAGGUAGACAGUCUGUCCGUGACUCCAGGGCCCCUGGGUGUUCCUGAACUGAUGGUAUCUCAGCCAGGCUGUGCUUACGCAACUCUCCUGUGUACCUGGAGCAAGGAUGCUGGGCCCGCCGCUGCCUCCGAGGGGGCCACAGAGGGCAGUAGGGAGACCCCAGCUGCCCGAGAUGUCGUGCUGCACCAGACAUCUGGCCGCAUCCACAACAAGAAUGUCUCCACUCACCUCAUUGGCAACAUCAAGCGAGGCAAAGGUCCUUCUGUUGUAUGUGCAGGUGCCAGCCCUGAGAGAGGUGGCUCUGGCCUCUUCGCCCUCUGCACCCUGGAUGGGACGCUGAAGCUGAUGGAGGAGGCAGACAGGCUGCUGUGGUCGGUGCAGGUGGACCACCAGCUUUUUGCCCUAGAGAAACUGGAUGUCACGGGCAACGGGCAUGAGGAGGUAGUGGCCUGUGCCUGGGAUGGACAGACAUACAUCAUUGACCACAACCGCGCUGUUGUCCGCUUCCAAGUGGACGAGAAUAUCCGAGCCUUUUGUGCAGGCCUGUAUGCCUGCAAAGAGGACCGCAACAGCCCCUGCCUUGUGUAUGUCACGUUCAACCAGAAGAUCUAUGUGUACUGGGAGGUGCAGCUUGAGCGGAUGGAGUCUACCAAUCUGCUGAAAGUGCUGGAAGCUGAGCCAGAGUACCAGAGCCUGCUGCAGGAGCUGGGUGUGGAUCCUGAUGACCUCCCGGCCGCCCAGGCCCUGCUCCACCGAACCCUCUACCAUCCAGACCAGCCACCACAGGGUGCUCCCACAAGCCUCCAGGAUCCCACCUAGCUGGACUCGCCCUCUUGGCUGAAGAAGGAUCCUUCUGAACCUCCCCAUUCCUCCGGGUGUCCAUGGUGUGGGCAGAAUAGGGACUGUACAUUACAGAGGAGCGUGGAAGGACAGUCACCCUGGGGCGAUUGUGAACUAUAGACUGCGUGGUCUUCUUGGUGAAAGAUGAGGCGGGUUGACCGUCCACCCAUCCCCUCGUGCACCUCACCCACCCUGCCAGCAGGAUCACAGGACCCAGCCUGACUCCACAUCGUGUGGGACUGUCCCCUCACCCCCACAGGGUGGUGGGUGGCGUGUAUGUGAGGAGGGAGCACAAGUCACCGAUGAAUAAUCAUUUCCAGAAUGGCACACUGUUUGGUUUUCGAGGGGUCUUUCAGGACAUUUUAUAAUCUGGUCUUACUGUGUUCCCAGCAACUCUGAAGAUGAUUUUCUUCUAUUUCCCAAAGAAGCUGGGCCAGUAUUCUCUUUUGCCAUGUUCAAGCAUUGUGCAGCUUCAGAGGCCUUACUUCCAUCUCCCCACCCAACCAUUUCACCCCCAAAAUACUUUCAUGUCAAAAUACAAUAGACAUUUAAACUCUGAUGCAGGUUUAUGAUCCGGACCAUGAUCAGAGUUGUGUCUUGUGCCGUUUA